GCACCUUUUCCGGUAACACAGCACCGCCACCGCUGUGACUGAACGGCUGGAGAGAGAGGGAGGAAGAGAGAGACGGAGAGCGGCAAGAGCGGGGAGAAACGGUCCGGGGACAGGGGGGUGAUUGCCGCAGACGGGGAAGAGAAGAAAGUCGGAUGAAUCAAUGACCUUUUGAGAGCUCUUCCUCUGGAUGUCCCGGCGCAGAAACGGACCGGAGAGGUUUAAUUUAGGCGGUUUAAUAAGAAAAUCGCCGUGCUUUGAAAAUUCACCGCCUGGAAUUAGCUAAGGCCAAUUGUGGACAGCCGGCAGCCAAGGAGGAAGUGGGAACCCCCGGGCUUUGAACUGGGCCUGAUUUGUAUAGUCCGCUUACCGUUGAGAAGGCACUACUUUGUGUCAGGUCCGGCUCCGCUGAGAGCAACAGGAUUUCGAAAGGAGAAAAAGAGCUCGAAAUGCGGUUUUUGACGGAAGUCUGUGCUCAAAGGCGACUUUGAAACAUCUUUUUUUUUUUUUUCUUUUUUUUUUGGAGGCCAUUGGAUCAUGAAAAUAGACCCCCCCUCAAGUCUGUGAGGGCUCCAUAUGUACUGCUUCUGCUGAAUGCUCAGGUCAGAUCACCAUAGACCAGCUAACUGUACUGUACAAACUUGAAAGUCACCACCUUUUGUACAUUGACACUUGUGUCAGCCCACCGCUGCCAUCACGUGGGGGACUUUUUGUAGCAACACAGUGAAACUGUAACUCCUCAGUGGUACUCCUAUUUUUCUUCUCAUUGGAGAAGUUUCACUAUAUCUUCUAAAGAAGUAUUUAUGAACAUAAAACAAGAUGGGGAAAAUGCUUUCAAAGAUCUUUGGCAACAAGGAGAUGAGAAUAUUGAUGCUUGGACUUGAUGCUGCUGGGAAAACUACCAUCCUGUACAAGCUGAAGUUAGGACAGUCGGUCACCACCAUCCCCACCGUCGGUUUCAACGUGGAGACUGUCACCUAUAAGAAUGUGAAGUUCAACGUCUGGGAUGUGGGAGGACAAGAUAAGAUCAGGCCGCUCUGGAGACAUUACUACACAGGCACCCAGGGCCUCAUUUUUGUGGUGGACUGUGCCGACAGGGACAGGAUCGACGAGGCCAGGCAGGAGCUCCACCGAAUCAUCAACGACCGGGAGAUGAGGGACGCCAUCAUCCUGAUCUUUGCCAACAAGCAAGACCUCCCAGAUGCCAUGAAACCCCACGAGAUCCAGGAGAAGCUGGGCCUGACCCGGAUCAGAGAUAGGAAUUGGUACGUUCAGCCUUCGUGUGCGACGACAGGGGAUGGACUUUACGAGGGCCUGACCUGGCUUACCUCAAAUUAUAAGUCUUAAUGUUCCCCUCCCUUCUCACCAGCCUGGACACUUGGAGGCAACAGAAGUAGCUGAGAAUGAAAAAAAAAAUAAGUAAAAAAACAUGCAAUCAGAAGCAAUUAAUACCAUGACCUCUCUGCUGAGUAUGUAUCAAAGAGGGUAGCAAUUACUUCUAGUUUUUCUUUUUUUUUUUUUUUUUUUUUUUGAUAAUGAUGUCACUAUAACCACAGAUUUCAUUUAAACAAAACAAAACAAAAAAAAAAACCCAUUUCUUGGCUUUUUUUGUAGCUUGCUUUGGUUCACACUCUGUAUAACCAGCACUGUUUAAAUAUACAGUAAGCUUUCUUUUACUGCAAAUUCUUUAUUUUUUACCUCCUUUUUGUAUAAUUUCCUUUUUAGGGGACUAUGGGACACACAUUUAUAGUUUCGUCCCAUGCUUAGCUCUCUUUCAGUAUUCUCUCAGUCAUGACCCUGGCUACAUAUCCAAAGGAUGGGGGGGAAAGUCCAAAAAAAAAAAAAAAAGGAAAAAGCAUUGCCUACCACAUCAGCAUAUCAUUUUCGUGGCUGAAGCCGCCUCUAUAAUGUGUAAGAAUGUGUAUUAUGGAUAUGUUUGGACCUCCUUUCAUAAUUGAUUGUAUCGGAUGAAUGAGGACACGUGUUAGUGCUUAUUUCAUGUGCAGUGAUUCCAUCCAUAAUGUCUACUGUGGCGGUUUGUUUGAAAGACACUAUGCGGACGCUCGACAUUCACACACACUGUGAUAUGGAUAUAUAUAUUUUUGUUGUUUCAGGGUCAGAAUCUGUUACCACCAGUCUUAUCAUUUCCUCUCGAGCUUCCGUUACUGUUGAGUAUUUGUAGUUUUUUCGGCCGCCUUAGGAAGGGACCUGGGUUUACAGGUGUCCCCGAAAUCGAGACAGCAGAAGGUUUUAUCGGCCGCUGAGUUUGCACUGUGGGAGAGAGGCGCGGAGGGAGGGAGGGGGUUGGUUAGCAGCGAGCUGGCUGUGCACAUUUUUACUCUCUGUGACUGACUUUUGGACCCCAGCAAGUGUUGACCAAGUCCACUCCCCCCUCCACCAUCACCACCUCCAGUGCAGGUGCUUCAGUGACUGCAACCCCUUCUUCUCCUUCUUCUUCUUUUCUUAUUUUUUUUUUUUUUUUCAAAUCAUCAUCAGCCCAUGUGGUCCUGCAAACACCGAUCGACUAUUCUGUUAACGCUUCUCAGAUGCCACUGUUUUAUUUCUUUUCCUUUUCUUUUGCUAUGCUGAUGAAAUAAUAAAAAAAAUAUAUCCAGAUCA